AUGGGAACAGCCAGCAACAGCCCUUCUGACUUGAACAUCAUCGUCCCUGAGAAACUGGAGCAUAAGGACUAUACCCAGCCGGAUGUCCUGUGUCAUACCUUUGAGACUCUGUCUAACCUUCACAAACUGCUUCCAAACCAUCUUGUGGAGCUGCUUCAAUCCUACCAGAGCGAAGAGGAUAAAAAAAAAUGUGAGAUAGCAGAAUUUUCCUGUUUAGAAAGGAUCUUGGCAAGACAUGAAUUGCCGAAAGAGAUUAGUCUGACUCCUAAGCCGAGCAGAAUGCACUCAUGGCAAAGAAAAGCCAUGAACAAUGUGAGUGACGGGUGGAAGAAGUGCCGCUUAUGGAGGAGGAACAUAAAAGAGCCUCCGAUGAGCACCGUGGUUGUCAGAUGGUUGAAAAAGGACAUGCAACCCACCGAGGAUCUCAAGUCAGUAAUUCAAAGGAUGUCAAUGUUCGGCCCGAUUCAGUCAGUCACCACGUGUGGACGUCAAAGUGCUGUAGUGGUGUUCAAGAAUGUAACUUCAGCGUGUAAAGCCGUGAACGCUUUCCAAAGCAGGAUCCCAGGCACAAUGUUCCACUGUUCCUGGCAGCAUCGAUUCAUGUCAAAAGAUGUAAGACUUUCUAGUUCCAAUAACCUACGUGAAUUCUUAAAGCUUGUUUCAUAAGUUUUUAUUCAUUAGGGCUGUA